AUGCCGCAAGACGGUGGAGUACAAAUUACGGCUGAAAGCCUCGUACACAAAGUCGCUGUUCGCGUACCCCCCUUCUGGAACGACGAACCGGAACUAUGGUUCGCACAAUUAGAAGGACAAUUUACGAUUAGCGGAAUUACCCAAGAUUCCACUAAAUAUUCGUACGCUCUAUCGCAAUUAAAUUCAAAUCAAAUCAAAGAGAUUAAAGACCUCUUAGAGCUAGAGGAGUUAGGAGAUCGCAAACCAUCACAAUUUUUACGACAUCUCCGUACCCUGGCCGGAAAUAAUGUUCCAGAUUCUCUCUUACGCACGCUCUGGCUGGGAAGACUUCCACAACAGGCUCAGAUGAUUCUAGCCACCAGGACCGACGACUGUCUUAACGAUGUAGCAGUGCAAGCCGAUCGCAUCCACGAGAUGACGAACAAGGCAGUGGCUUCUACGUCCACACCUGCGGCAACCUCUCUCGAAGCAAAAGUAGAGGCUCUAACAAAACAAGUUGCUUCUCUCACCACGCAUCUUUCCCGAGACAAGAAACGGGAUAAGAAAUCCGAAAGAAAACGGAGCCGAAGUCGCAGCCAGAAGCCGGCAAAGAGCACAGACAAUGAGAAGCACUGUUAUUAUCACAACAGAUUCGGCGAGAAAGCUAAGAAAUGUACUCAGCCAUGCACCUACAAAUCGGAAAACGAAAAGGAGAGUCACUAG